AUGACCUCAGUAACACAGUUUGGGUCACCUUCAGCAAUGGUGCCAGUGGCUGAUCUGGCCGCCUAUUACAACGUGCCAAUAUUUAGCUGGGAGACGCGGCAACACAUUGUCGAUAACAAGACUAAGUAUUCCACACUUGUCCGAUCCAGACCGCCAAUCUCUUCACUAGUGGAAAUGUUCUAUGAGAUCAGCUUCAGGUUUAAUUGGAAGCUGGCCGCCAUUGUGUACACGGGUGACACAACGUCCACCAGGGCCGUGGCGCAGUCCAUGAUCGCGAAAUUUGUCCAGGACAGGCACUUCAACUUGGUCAAAGAGUUUGUGAUGUCACAGAACGCACCCAGCGAAGAAAUCCAUCCAGUGAUGCAAGCCAUAAAAAGACUUGCAAGAAUUAUCUUUAUAAUAAUUCCCCAACGAGAGCUCCGACGAUACAUGUUGAUGUUCCAUGUUUAUGGGAUGACUAACGGAGACUACCAGUUUCUCUUCACGGAGCUGGACGUGACGUCACGGAAGGUGUUGCAGAACGGACAUUUGUGGAGAGGAAAUGAUGGUCGUGAUGAGGCUGCACGUAAAGCGUUCAACAACGUUCUUAUUUUUACCUUUAUGGAUAUUCUCAAUGAACGACCAAGCAUGCAGCUGGGCCAGACUGCUUAUGACGAAAUUUUUCAGAAUUCAACCUUGCCACGGCCAUUGGAGGUAAAUGCCUUCCAACAGUCAUUUGAAAGUUCACAUCUUUCCCAAGUCUCUGUUCUACUCAAGGAUGGUUUAGCAGGCACGGUGUUUAUGAACAACGUCAGCGACCGCUCGCCCGGGUUCGUUGUGUGGGAUCUAGGUUUGGACGGUAACUUUGAGAUUGCCCUCACUCUCGCCUACAUCCCGAUCAACACGAGUUCGGGAAUCACUGCAAUUAGGGAAGUGCACAUGUAUAUAAACAUCAUUUGGGGAGAUGGUCGGACCAGCGAUGAAUAUAUUCCCCUGGAUCGACCGGAAUGUGGAUUCUUCAGCGAGUUGUGCAACGAUAACACCAGAACGAUACUGCUGGCAACAAUAAUAUCAGGGGCACUACUGAUCGUUUUCGUUGGUGGUCUUUGUUUUAUGAGAUGGUGGCGUCGAGAGCGAGAAGUUUCCCAGAUGGCGUGGAAAAUAAAUUAUUCUGAGUUGGAUUUUCAUUUCCAACAGACAAAAAAUAAAUCAAUGUCAAACUUCACUUCAGUACUGAACGUUUUCGGCAGUCAUGAGAGCAGCAUCGGAAGCGGUUCCGCCCUCAGCUCGUACGGCUCCACGAUGGGUUGCAGCGCAUUUCUAUCCAGGAAUGUUAACCUGGCGCUCUACAAGAAUUCAAUUGUUGUUGUUAAAAAUAUAAGAAAAAGCAAAAUAAAACUCGAUAGAGAAAUGAUGCUACAUAUGAGAGAGUUAUAUUAUAUCAGGCACGUGAACCUAGCAACAUUCAUUGGAAUGUGUACGGAAAUAGACAAGGUCGCGGUAGCGUGGGGAUUUUGUGCCAAAGGCAGCCUUCAGGAUAUUGUGGACAACGCUAGCAUGAAGCUUGAUGGUGCAUUUCAGUUCUCAAUUGCCAUCGACAUAUGCAUGGGAUUGGUGUACCUUCACGCGGGAACACUGAAACUUCACGGCAACUUGAAGAGCACUAACUGCGUCAUAGACAACCACUGGGUGUGUAAACUGACGGAUUAUGGGAUGCGCCCAAUCCGACACGGUGAAUCAGAGAAGACAGAUGUUAACGAAGAUGAGCUGUAUUCAGACCUGUUCUGGAUGGCCCCCGAGCUGCUGCGGGAACACCUGUUGAGCAGUACAUUCGUGCCCACACAGUGUGGAGACAUCUUCGCGCUGGGAGUCAUCCUCAAAGAACUGCUGUGUCUCAGCAAGGCGUACACGAACGAUCUCACUCCGAAAGAUCUGCUGGACAGAAGACCCGGAUGA